AAAAACAACAAUCUCAAGAUAUCACAGCGAGAUACAUGGCUUUGGCAGUUGGUGAGACAUCGACUGAGCUACUUCAUGCUCAUGCUCAUGUCUGGAAUCAUAUAUUCAACUUCAUAAACUCCAUGUCACUGAAAUGUGCUAUUGAACUAGGCAUCCCAGACAUCAUCCACAACCAUGGGAAGCCCAUGACUCUUUCUGAGCUGGUUGCUGAGCUCCCAGUCAACCCAGAGAAGACGAAAUGCGUGUACCGUCUCAUGCGCCUUCUUGUUCAGUCUGGCUUCUUUACCAGGAAAAGAGUCCAAGAAAGCGGGCAAGAAGAGGGGUAUGUGCUUACACAUGCCUCUAGGCUCCUCCUAAAGGACGACCCCUUGAGUGCAAGGCCCUUCUUGCUUGCCAUGCUCGACCCAGUUUUAAUUACACCAUGGCAAUAUGUGAGUGCUUGGUUUCAAAAUGAUGAUCCCACUCCAUUCGACACUGCUCAUGGGCGGACAUUUUGGGAUUAUGCUGGCCAUGAACCCAAGCUCAACAAUUUCUUCAAUGAAGCCAUGGCUAGUGAUGCUCGCUUAGUAACCAGCGUGCUGAUUAAGGACUGCAAGGGCAUAUUUGUGGGGUUGAAUUCAUUAGUUGAUGUAGGGGGUGGCACAGGGACAGUGGCUAGGGCCAUUGCCAAUGCUUUCCCACACUUGAACUGCACCGUGUUAGAUCUCCCCCAUGUGGUUGCUGGCUUGGAAGGGAGUAAGAACUUGAACUACCUUGCAGGGGAUAUGUUUGAAGCAAUUCCUCCUGCAGAUGCUAUUUUACUCAAGUGGAUAUUGCAUGACUGGAACCAUGACGAAUGUGUGAAGAUACUCAAGCGAUGCAGAGAUGCGAUUCCCAGCAAGGAAAAAGGAGGAAAGGUGAUAAUCAUAGACAUGAUGAUGGAGAACCAGAAAGCAGAUGAUGAGUCCAUCGAAACACAACUCUUUUGGGAUAUGCUGAUGAUGAUUGUGCUAACGGGCCAAGAGAGGAACAUUAAAGACUGGGAGAAGCUCUUCUUUGAUGCUGGUUUCAGUGGCUAUAAGAUAACUCCCAUGCUGGGUUUAAGGUCUCUCAUCGAGGUUUACCCAUGAUCAAUAUAUAUGUUGGUAGUAGUAUGUGCAAAUAUAUUUCCACUAAAUAAACUCUGGUAAGAAUGUUGUAGACCGUAUCAAGUUUGUGUGUGCUUGAAGGAAUAAUGAUCUCUCUCUGAGGCUAUGAAUAAUCUCUGUUAUGUAAUUUGAUAUUUAAGUUCUAUAAUAAAGAAGUAUUAUUUGUUGUCA